GUUGACUCCUGAAUAAGUACGGCCUCUAGGCACAUUUCUGUAUCACAAGACCCUUUUUGCUUACUUGCUUGCUUUGUUCGCAAUUUUCACAUUGUCCACCAUGCUGCCAACAGUCAUCAAGAGCCGUCCCUCGCAAGACGAUGACUUUACACCGCUCGAUGACUAUCAACAGCAAACCCCUGAUACCUUUUUUGAGGAAGAGGGUCAUAAGCCUGUGCUGUACUUUCACGACGAGCACAUCAAGGUCUGGUGUUCUCCGGAACACGCCUCAAAACUGCACAUUUUCUCGGGCGAUAAGCUACCUAGUCCGCCUGAGUCUCAUGCCUUGGAGAACGAUGGAGGCAAGCAUCUUCGCGAAGAAGAAACAGUCGAUGUCUUCGUUGCUUCUCACAAGUUGAUCCUGUACUCUCGCACCAGCGAGACAGGAAUUGAGAUACCCUACCCUUCCAUCACUCUGCAUGCAGUCAAAAACUUCAAGCAUCUGCAAAACCCAGAUGAUGAGACGGCCAAGUUCACCGCUGUCUACAUGCAGCUCGAGUUCUCAGGCGAUGGAGGUGAUGACGAUGAGUCGUUUGACCCCAUAGAGCUCACUCUGGUUCCUUAUUCGCCUGAUGGCACAGCAACACGUCUGACCACCUCGCCACGUACGUCGGCUUUGUUCGAUCAGAUCUCCGCCUGUCAGAACUUGCAUCCUGAUCCAGCGGAUGAGGACGACGAUGAAGAAGGAGACGAGAUGGACAGGAUUGUGUUUGAGGGAGAGGCGUUGGACGGUCUACCUGGAGCAUUCCAGGGAGAUUCUAAUGGUGGAUUGCCACCACCAAUGCCCGGCAGUUCUGGAUGGAUCACGGCUGACAACGUGAACGAGUACUUCGACGAGCAGGGCAAUUGGAUCGGAUUUGGUAGCGAGUUAGGUGAAGGUGCUGGUCGUGUUCGAGGACAUGAUGAAGUGGAUGAUACCAACGAUGGGACGAAUGGACACGAGGUUGGAGACGAUGCGGAAUCGAAGCGCCCGCGUACUGAGUAACUAUUGGGGGGGUUUUUUUUCUCUCGUUAUGACGAGCUAAAUUGUGCAGCCAGUCCUUGAAUCAAGGAUGGCACGCUCGAAGAUGACAUAUCGUUAUGUUAGUACGACACAU